UGUGUUGGAUUAUUUGCGUCACCAAAAUGUAGUUCAGUGUUUCAAUCACAUGCUAGAGGUGCUUCACAAUAUGUGUUUUGAAGCAAAAUAGCAUCAGUAGAUGCAUUGCUAUACAAAUAGUAUUUUGUGUAUAAAGCUGAUCUUGCAGGACUAAGGGUGGAGGAAGUCGUGGCAAGUUCUGAAGAUAGAAGAGUGCUUUGGAUAAGGGAAGAGAAUAGGAUUGAUACAGGCCUUAUGCCAUGACUUGGCCUGAUCGGAUAGGUACUAGAGCAGAGCGAGUUAAAAGUGAAGAGAGUUGACUAGAAUCAAAUCUCAUCACACCAGUUAACCUUGUCGAAAACCAACCCAGUUUAUUGCAACCAAUUCCUUUCCUUUGUUCUUGACAUCAUGGCUGAGGCAGUUGGUGGUGCAUUCCUCUCUGCUUUCCUUGAUGUUGUGUUCGACAAGCUGUCUACAGAUGAGGUUGUUGACUUCAUCCGUGGAAAGAAGCUUGACCUCAAUUUGCUUGAGACCUUAAAGAGCACUCUGAGAGUGGUUGGAGCUGUGCUUGAUGAUGCUGAGAAGAAACAAAUCAAACUCUCCAGUGUCCACCAGUGGCUCAUCGAACUCAAAGAUGCUCUCUAUGAGGCCGAUGACUUGCUGGAUGAAAUUUCUACCAAAUCUGCAACUCAAAAGAAGGUAAGUAAAGUGUUUUCUCGCUUUACUGAUAGGAAAAUGGCCAGUAAGUUGGAAAAAAUAGUUGACAAAUUAGAUAAAGUUUUAGGAGGCAUGAAGGGUCUUCCUUUGCAAGUGAUGGCAGGGGAGAUGAACGAGUCAUGGAAUACUCAGCCAACGACAUCACUGGAAGAUGGAUAUGGCAUGUAUGGUAGGGAUACAGACAAGGAGGCCAUAAUGAAGUUGUUGUUGUCAGAUGAUAGCAGUGAUGGUGUACUAGUGUCUGUGAUCGCUAUUGUAGGCAUGGGUGGGGUUGGAAAAACCACUUUAGCCCGAUCUGUGUUCAACAAUGAGAAUUUGAAGCAGAUGUUUGAUUUAAAUGCAUGGGUUUGUGUUUCUGAUCAAUUUGAUAUUGUUAAGGUCACAAAAACUAUGAUAGAGCAAAUCACGCAAGAGUCAUGUAAAUUGAAUGAUCUAAACUUGCUUCAACUUGAAUUGAUGGACAAACUGAAAGUUAAAAAAUUCUUAAUUGUCUUGGAUGAUGUAUGGAUCGAGGAUUAUGAGAAUUGGAGUAAUCUUACAAAACCAUUUCUACAUGGAAAAAGGGGAAGUAAAAUUCUCUUGACGACCCGCAAUGCAAAUGUAGUGAAUGUAGUCCCUUACCAUAUUGUUCAAGUUUAUCCUCUAAGUAAAUUGUCAAAUGAAGAUUGUUGGCUAGUGUUUGCAAACCAUGCAUUUCCCCCCUCAGAAUCAAGUGGGGAGGAUAGAAGAGCUUUAGAAGAAAUUGGAAGGGAGAUUGUUAAAAAGUGUAAUGGAUUGCCUUUAGCAGCACGGUCACUUGGAGGUAUGUUGAGAAGAAAGCAUGCUAUUAGGGAUUGGAAUAAUAUACUUGAAAGUGACAUUUGGGAACUUCCUGAAAGUCAGUGUAAAAUUAUUCCAGCCUUGAGAAUUAGUUAUCAAUAUCUCCCUCCACAUUUAAAACGGUGCUUUGUUUAUUGUUCAUUAUACCCUAAAGAUUAUGAAUUUCGAAAGAAGGACUUGAUCUUGUUGUGGGCGGCUGAAGAUCUUUUGAAGCUUCCAAACAGAGGAAAGGCGUUAGAAGUUGGUUAUGAGUAUUUUGAUGAUUUAGUUUCAAGAUCAUUUUUUCAACGUUCUAGUAAUCUAACUUGGGGCAAUUAUUUUGUAAUGCAUGACCUCGUGCAUGAUCUAGCAUUAUACCUUGGUGGAGAAUUCUAUUUCAGAUCAGAAGAACUUGGAAAAGAAACCAAGAUUGGUAUAAAGACUCGUCAUUUGUCAGUUACAGAGUUCAGUGAUCCAAUCUCAGAUAUUGAAGUUUUUGACAGACUACAAUUUUUGAGAACUUUAUUGGCAAUUGAUUUUAAAGAUUCUCCAUUCAACAAGGGAAAGGCACCAGGUAUUGUAGCGUCGAAGCUUAAGUGCUUGAGAGUUUUAUCAUUUUGUGGCUUUGCAAGUCUGGAUGUUUUGCCUGAUUCAAUAGGUAAAUUGAUCCAUUUGCGUUAUUUAAAUCUCUCUCGUACAAGAAUAGUAACACUGCCGGAGUCAUUGUGUAAUUUGUACAAUCUACAAACUCUGGUGUUGUCUGAUUGCAGAAUGUUGACCAGGUUGCCUACUGACAUGCAAAAUCUUGUAAACUUGUGUCAUCUUCAUAUUGAUGGUACUGAGAUAGGAGAGAUGCCUAGAGGAAUGGGAAUGUUAAGUCAUUUGCAGCAUUUGGAUUUCUUUAUUGUGGGCAACAACAAAGAGAACGGAAUCAAAGAACUGGGGACACUUUCAAAUCUUCAUGGUUCGCUUUCUAUUAGGAAUUUGGAGAAUGUAACCAGAAGCAAUGAAGCAUUGGAGGCUAGGAUGCUGGAUAAGAAGCACAUUAAUCAUUUAUCCUUGGAAUGGUCUAAUGGCACCGACUUCCAAACUCAAUUAGAUGUACUGUGCAAAUUAAAACCUCACCCAGGCCUAGAGUCUCUAACAAUAGGGGGCUAUAAUGGAACCAUAUUUCCAGAUUGGGUGGGAAAUUUUUCCUACCACAACAUGACAAGUCUAAGUUUAAAUGGUUGUAAUAACUGUUGUGUGCUUCCUUCGCUUGGGCAACUACCAUCUCUUAAGAAGCUCUAUAUUUCAAGAUUGAAGUCAGUGAAGACUGUUGAUGCAGGGUUUUACACAAAUGAAGAUUGUCCUUCUUCUGUGACACCCUUUUCUUCCCUUGAAACUCUAUCCAUUGGUCACAUGUGUUGCUGGGAGUUGUGGAGUAUCCCUGAGUCAGACGCCUUUCCUCUACUCAAGUCUCUUACAAUAGUGGAUUGCCCCAAACUAAGGGGAGAUUUGCCAAAUCACCUUCCUGCUCUGGAAACACUUACAAUUACAAAUUGCGAGCUUCUUGUCUCUUCCCUGCCAAGGGCUCCCAUCCUUAAGAGAUUAGUGAUAUGGAAAAGUAACAAUGUAUCGUUGCAUGUGUUUCCACUUUUGUUGGAAUGGAUAGAUGUAGAAGGAAGCCCAAUGGUGGAGUCCAUGAUCGAGGCCAUCUUCAGCAUUGAUCCAACUUGCCUCCAACAUUUAACAUUGAGUGAUUGUUCGUCAGCCAUAUCUUUUCCGGGUGGUCGUCUACCUGCAUCUCUGAAGGCUCUGCAUAUUAGCAAUCUUAAAAAUCUGGAAUUCCCGACCCACCACAAGCACGAGUUACUGGAAUCACUGUCACUAUACAAUAGUUGUGAUUCUCUCACGUCUCUUCCAUUGGCUACCUUUCCAAAUCUCAAAAGUCUCGAAAUCGAUAACUGUGAACAUAUGGAAUCUCUUUUGGUUUCAGGGGCAGAGUCAUUUAAGAGUCUGUGUUCUUUGAGAAUUUUCCGAUGCCCCAACUUUGUAUCAUUCUGGAGAGAAGGAUUGCCUGCGCCCAAUUUGACUCGAAUUGAAGUUGGGCAUUGCGACAAGUUGAAGUCAUUACCUGACAAAAUGAGUAGUCUUCUCCCAAAGUUAGAAUAUCUCCAAAUAUCCAACUGCCCAGAAAUUGAGUCGUUUCCAGAAGGGGGUAUGCCACCUAACCUGAGAGCAGUUUCGAUUGGGAAUUGUGAGAAACUAAUGAGCGGCCUAGCAUGGCCAUCCAUGGGCAUGCUUACCCAUCUCACUGUUGGGGGUCGAUGUGAUGGCAUCAAGUCCUUCCCUAAGGAGGGUUUGCUGCCUCCCUCCCUUACGUCUCUGUAUCUACAUAAGUUGUCAAAUCUGGAGAUGUUGGACUGCACGGGGCUUCUCCAUCUCACAUCCCUGCAAGAAUUAACCAUAUGGGGAUGUCCUUUGCUGGAGAAUAUGGUGGGAGAAAGGCUUCCUGUCUCUCUAAUAAAAUUAACCAUAGGCGGAUGUCCUUUGCUGGAAAAACAAUGCCGCAGGAAGCACCCUCAAAUUUGGCCUAAAAUAUCCCACAUCCGUGACAUUAAAGUUGACAAUAGAUUGAGUUAGUGACCAAGGAUGAGCACCGGAGAUGAUAGAUUGUCCUGUAGAAACUGCACCUGUCAAUGGAUAUGAAUUCAACUUUGACGUGACACCAGAAAGCUCAUAUUUAUGCGUGUAAAGCUGAUCUUCCAGGGCAAAAGGAGGAGGAAGCGAGGGCGCAGUCAGCUGAUGGCAAAGUGUUUAAGAUUGUUCCAUGGCACCAUCUGGAGCAUAGCACCAGCAACUCCCUGAGCAUACAGGCCUUAAGCCAUGACUUGACUGGUUUAGAUAGAUCAUAUUUUCUAAAGUUGUUCAUGUCAUUGCAUGCAAUGUUUGCUUUCACCCAAAGGGGUGGCUUUGAUCAAAUUGACAAGGAUGAUUCCAACCUACCUCUGGAUACAGCUCCUAUUAAGCAUGUCACGCAGACUUCUUCCUUGCAUGCAUGCAAUUUUUCCUUCCCUUGUUUUCUAUAGGACAAAAGUUAUCACAGUGCAUACGUGACAAUCUACCCUCAAAACUCUCAGCAUCAAUCAAACAGUCACAAGAAAAGGCCAUAAAACACUACGAUGCUAAUGCCACAAAAUGGUGGCAGUCGUGGUGAUGUCCAUGUUGAGGAUAACCAAAACAUGUCCUUUCCGUGGUGGGAGGGAACCUUUAUGAGGUGCUUCACUGCAAUAGAUGAAAAGCUUGCUAAGAACAUUGACACUGAUGGAUUUCAUGGCGGUAGCACUUCUGUAUCUGUACUCAAACAGGGUGACCAAGUAAUAAUUGGCAAUGUGAGGGAUUCUCGUGCAGUUCUUUGCAGAAGAGCACCUGACAAUCGCCUUAUUCCUGUUCAACUUACUGUUGACUUGACUCCAGAUAUUCCAAGAGAAGCUAUGAGAAUUUUUGCUGUAGAAGAAGAUCCUACUGUAAACAGAGUAUGGAUGCCUAAAAGGGACUGCCCUGGACUGGCUAUGGCAAGAGCCUUUAGAAAUUUUUGCCUAAAAGACUAUGGUGUCGCCUCAGUCCCUGAUGUGUCUUAAAGAAAACUUACCAAGGAGGAUAAGUGUGUGGUUUUGGCUUCUGAUGGGAUUAUGGAUUUGCUAACAAACAGUGAAGUAAUAAACAUAGUUGCUUCAGCACCAAAAAGGUCCGUGGCAGCCAAAUUGUUAGUAAACCAUGCUGCUCGGGCUUGGAAAUAUAAGUAUGGUUUCAAGGUUGAUUAUUGUUCAUCCAUAUGCUUAUUCUUGAAGGAUUAGCCUCCUUUAACCCAAUCCUGAUCCAAAGUGAGUGGGAACAAUAGACAUCCCUUGAAGCACCUGCAUUUCUCAUAAUCUAGACUUGUAAAUACUGAAAUUGUAGAUAUGGCAAGAGUAUGGUAGAAUCAAAAGGAAGAAUGGGAUGCUCUUGGAGGGUUCUCCAGAGCCAACUUUGAAUCAUAGAUUGCAAUCACCUCAGUACCUCAAGGAGGGUUGAAGCUGAUCACUAACUCAGCCAGAAACUCCCCGAAUCCAAGGGCUAGUGCUACUAAAAGUUAACAUUUUUACGGCCAGAAGAUUUUGCUUUUGACACAAUCCCAGAAGAUGGCAAUUAUUUUAGCCUUCUAAUUCUGGUGUAAUUACGUGCAAGACUUCUUUUCUAUCUGCCUAAGACCAACAUUGAUCAAUUUUAGCAGUCUAUAUUAUGGUACCAUAAAAGUUUUCUUUUUUCUGGCUUGGGUUCUAAAGAGUUCAAUGAAGAACUAAGCAGCACCUACUUUUCUAUUUAUCUUCAAUUAUUUCCUAGUGUUCUGUGUUGACACUAACAUUCAGCAUAAAACAUUACUAGACACUA